GAAGCCGGGGGCGAUGGAGACGCAGAGACAUCAACAUAAGUUUCACACCUUGGAAUGUGAGGGACUUUCUCGCAUCUCCAGCACAUCUCCAACUCUGAGCAGGAGGGCCCCAAAGAACUUCUUCCACCUUCUCAUACUGCAAGGGGCCUUGGGGCUUGUGAGAUCCCUAUCAUUGUUGGCUGCCUUUUUAUGCUCUCUGCAAGGAGGAAGAGGACGACGAACAACGUGGUGCUGAGGAACUGACCUCCGGCCCUUCGAAUCUCUGGAGAAGUGGGGCAGAAGAGGAGUGGUCGGGGCUGGGAGACUCCAUGCGGGGGCCAUGGACAGAGCGACACUCCUGGCGCUGCCCCGCCUGUGCGCACUGUGGGCAGUUCUGUUUGCGCUGUUCCCCUGCGGAAUCCAAGGAAACUGGAUGUGGUUGGGCAUCGCCUCCUUUGGGGUUCCGGAGAAGCUGGGCUGCGCCAACUUGCCACUGAACAGCCGCCAGAAGGAGCUGUGCAAGAGGAAACCCUACCUGCUGCCCAGCAUCCGCGAGGGCGCCCGGCUGGGCAUUCAGGAGUGCAGGAGCCAGUUCAAACACGAGAGAUGGAACUGCAUGGUCGCCACCGCCAAUGCCGCCGCCGCUGCCCCGCUCGGCACGAGCCCGCUCUUUGGCUACGAAUUGACCAGCGGCACUAAGGAGACAGCAUUUAUUUAUGCUGUGAUGGCGGCAGGCCUGGUGCACUCUGUGACCAGGUCAUGCAGUGCAGGCAACAUGACAGAAUGUUCCUGUGAUACCACCCUGCAGAAUGGUGGCUCAGCAAGUGAAGGCUGGCACUGGGGAGGCUGUUCUGAUGAUGUUCAGUAUGGCAUGUGGUUCAGCAGAAAGUUCCUGGACUUUCCCAUCAGAAACACCACUGGAAAAGAAAGCAAAGUACUGCUAACAAUGAACCUACAUAACAGUGAAGCUGGGAGGCAGGCGGUCGCCAAGUUGAUGUCAGUCGACUGCCGCUGCCAUGGAGUCUCUGGUUCCUGUGCUGUGAAAACAUGCUGGAAAACCAUGUCUUCUUUUGAAAAGAUUGGCCAUUGGUUAAAGGAUAAAUAUGAAAACAGUAUCCAGGUAUCAGACAAAAUAAAGAGGAAAAUGCGCAGGAGAGAAAAAGAUCAGAGGAAAAUACCAAUCCGUAAGGAUGACCUGCUCUAUGUUAAUAAGUCUCCCAACUACUGCGUGGAAGAUAAAAAGCUGGGAAUCCCAGGGACACAAGGCAGAGAAUGCAACCGUACAUCAGAGGGUGCUGAUGGCUGCAACCUCCUGUGCUGUGGCCGAGGCUACAACACCCAUGUGGUCAGGCACGUGGAGAGAUGUGAGUGUAAAUUCAUCUGGUGCUGUUAUGUCCGCUGCAGAAGGUGUGAGAGCAUGACUGACGUCCACACUUGUAAGUAACUGCUCUCUCCAGCCGCCUGCAAGACUCAGCAACAAACAAUGGGGUUGCAGCCAAAGGGUACCUCUCCUGGUACAGUGCUGGCCAAGGUGACUCCUGCACUCCCAGAUCCUUGAGCCCCUCUGAGAUUUCCUUUACCUGACUGACAUCCAAUUACACAUUGAUCAUGGAUUUCUUGGGAUUUUGAAGUUGAGAAGGUUUGCAUUCAUCUGUGAGUGGUUUGGAGGAUGUAUAUUGACAUACAAGGAAGAUAAAUCUGUUUCCUCAGCAAGAAAGAACCCUCACACUGGAGACCUGGUCCAUACUCAGGAAAAGAUCCUCAACCAUGGAACUCAUUAUGGAAAUCAGUAAUGGUGGGUGAACAGCAGUCUUUUUUUUUUUUUUUUUUUUUUUUUACAGACAUCUCUAUGGCAACCAGGAGUGGUAAACAUGAAUCUCAUUUAUUCUCAGUAUUUUAAUUGAAGAAAUGUUUCUAAGUGUUUGUGCAUAGACAGACGUUGAAAAGUUAAACUGAGUGGUUGGUGCCUACUGACCCUUUCAUGUACUUCAAAAGAAGGGCAAUAGAAAAAAAAUCUUCUAAGUAACACAAUAUCCCUAAAAAGUGUUCCUUGGAAACAUUUAGUGAAAAAGAGUCAAACUGUAAAAAAGUAAAAUGUAUUAAUUGGAUUUUAAGUGCCUUUUAACCAGGAGAAUUUGUUUAGAAAAACCUCUAUAUGGUAUACGACAAUCUUUGAUCUUGAGAGUCAUAAUUUUAUUAUAGACCAGUUUCCUCUGUUAACAACUCGCCACAGAGAUCCUGGGAGAGGGAGAAUCUGAAAACAGGUAGGAAUACAGCAUAGUAAAAAUAUAAAGGGCUCUCAUAUAUUACAAUAAAAAGCACCCUUUAAAUGUGUAAAGUCAGUAUUUUGUAUAGUAUUUUGCUAACAGAGUUUUAUAUUUUGUAAAUAUGGUAUUUAAGUUAUAUGACAUAUUAAAAUGUAAGACAUUUAUUGCCAAAGCCUAAGAGCUGAGGCAAUAAGAUUAACCCAGAAUUAAGAUUAGCCUCUGUUUCUUUUCAUACUAUUAUUUCUGAUUAUUUUUAACAUUGAAAAAGAAGGUAAUUGAGCAAUUAGUUAUAUGGAUGUGUAUUUCUUGCCAAAAUGACAGUUUUAUACGUUAUAGAUUAAAAUAUGUUGCAAAAUA